AUGCGUGAACUCCUCCUCCUUGCCUCGCUAGGCCUCCUAGCUACGGCCAGCGACCCCAAGACAUUUGACUGCGGCACCGAUACUGCCCACGCCUCUGACGAUUUCCUGAAAACCAUCGAAGCACUCCAUGGCAAGACCAGCUCCGGUUCCCCUGCCGCUCGCGCUGCCCUUGCUGCGCGCGACACAGCAAAAGCAAAUACCGGCCCCAUCGCCAUCGAUGCCGUUUUCCACAUUGUCGCCAAAGACGCAAAUAAGGGUACCAUUACGAACGACAUGCCUUCCGCACAGCUUGAUAGCUUGAACGAAUCAUACAAGCCGUACGACAUCACUUUCAACCUGAUCAACGUGACAUGGACUACAAACGACGCUUGGGCCGUAGGUGCAACAGCCGACGACACGGAAAUGAAGAAGUCGCUCCGCCAGGGCACGUACGACACGCUGAAUCUGUACUUCCAGACCGACUUGUCUGGAGGGGUGCUCGGCCGCUGUACCCUCCCGUCCUCCAUUGCAAACGGCAAGCAGGAUCCCACCGUGUACUACAACGACGGCUGCAACAUCAACGCAAAUACCAUGCCCAACGGCGCAAUGGAAGGCUACAACCAGGGCAAAACUGCCGUUCACGAAACAGGCCACUGGAUGGGCUUGCUCCAUACCUUUGAGGGCUACAGCUGCGAUGGCCCCGGUGAUUAUAUCGACGAUACGCCUGCGGAACUCACGGCCACGGAUGGCUGCCCGACUAACCCUGCAAAGAGGAGCUGCCCGAACCAGCAGAAGGCUGGUGAGGCCGAUCCAAUUCACAAUUACAUGGACUACUCGGUCGACUCUUGCUACGAGGGCUUCACGGACUUGCAGGUUGCGCGCAUGAGGAACAUGUGGACCAUGUAUCGGGAUGGCAACUAG